AUGGAAAAUAUCGAAAUCAUAUCAGAACAUCAGAGUAUCAGUGUAUCAGACUCGUAAGUAUUUCUAGUAUAGUUUUUAAGUGUCGUGAACUCUCGUUAUUCUUGUCAAUAAAACACACGUGUGCAAUAUUUAAUCGGAUUGUCGACUAACAUACUGUAGGCUUAAAUAUGGUUCUGAUAAAAGUUCUGUCAGCAUACGGUUCGGUUAAAAUACGGUUUGGUUCAAAUAUGUUCCGGAUUAAAUAUUUAUUAGCUAAAUUAUUUAUCGGGUAAAUUAUACUUCGGCUGAAAUAUAUCUGGCUUUUAAGGUGCUCUCAAAUGACACGAGUCUAAAAUUAUACCUACCUAAAUCGUGGCAUCGUCAAAAUGUUGGUAUAUUAUUGUUUUUUAAAUUAUAAAUAUAACGGUAUUUGAUUGGUGAUUAGACUCUAUGGCAAAAUUGGUGAUUUUAUUUUAGGACCACUGAAGUCAUUAAAUUAAAAUUAGGGGUGUAAAUUUAAUGCAGUAAAAAACCAUAAAAAUGUAUAAAACAUGCACAAAAAACGUCAAAAAAUGCAUAAAAAAGGAAAAUAUAAGUUUCAUAAACGAAUUAUGUACUUAUAAAGCAUUUUACAAUCAGCUAAAAAAAUGCACUUUCCUAAAAAUUCAUAACCUUAAUUAUUAUAUUGUAUUAUUAAGCUUACUAAUAUUUUAUAUAUACAUAUAUAUUCACAGUUACAUUAGCUAUAGAAGAUAUUAAAAUCUUAUAAUAUAAAAUUCAAUAGUAGCUAAAAUUAUUACCAAGAGAAUGAGUUUUACAUGACGAAGCUCUUUGUAAAAACAGAUAAAAAAUGUAAUACUAAAUAUUAACAUUCAUUCAUAACUAAAUAUAAUAUUAUACAUAGCUAGAUUUCAAAAAUUAAAUUACUUAUUUAUGCAGAAUUGGACAAUGUGGUUUAAAAAGUAUGAUAUUAUGAUAUUAUUAGUAUAGUUAGAGGAUAAAAAACCAAGUUAUUCAAAUAUAAUAAAGUGACAGGAGGGGAGAUUUUGGGACUGUGUAUGAAUGAACAUAGGUAAAGAAAGGUUAGAGUGACAAGUCAUUUGAUUAAAUUAUUUUAUACUACUAAAGCACUUUUGUUGAGGAAACUAAAGAGCCAAAUACAGAUUAUCUAAUAAUUACAUUUAAUUUAUUCCAUGAACGUAAAAUCUUUUAACAAAUCUCCUAUAUAUAUUAAAAUAGUCCUUUUUUGUCAAAUUUUAAAUUUUGUUUAUAGUACCUUUUAAUAUUUUUUUUUGUAUAAUAAAUGAAAAAUAUUUGUAAAAUUUGCGAUUGAUUAUUCAAUUAUAUAUAUAAUUGCUUAGGACGAAUCUAUAAAUUUGGCUUUACUGUUUAUUUAAUAUGAAUUCAUACCUACUAGAGUCUGUCAAUGUGGCGUGUUAAUGUGUAGUAUCUAUGUAUAGGGCAGUGACCGCAGUGAUGGUUGUUGGUCAUAGGAGUAUAGCUUUAAAUAUUUUAAUAAUAUACCUCUUCCAGUUUGACGACAUGAUUAACAAGAUUUACAACCUGUUUUCGUAACAGCCGCAAUCAAAGUCAUAAUAUAUAGAAUAUACCUAUUAUAAAAUAUUAUUAUAAGACAUAAUAGCGUAUUGUAAUUUGUAGUACAGGAACAUUGCCAUGGAAUUUUAGAACAGUUUUAAAUGAGACACCAAUCAACAAUAAUAUUCCUUAUCACAUAACCAAAAAGUAUACAGUGGCAUACUGAUAGGAUAGCAUGGCAAGUAAUGAACCACGGGCUUAUGAAAUUUAAGGGCCAAUGGCCAUUUAGGGCCCAAGGCAUUAUUUGUCAGUGAAUGGACAGGUGAAUAAAAAAGUAUUGUUAUACUUAUUAAGUAACAUGAGUGGACAGACAGAUAUAUAAAAACAUACCUGACCAAAAUGUGUAAAUUGGGACCCAACUCAGAUAGUGGCACUUAGCAAGGCCUUGAAAUUAUUAAUGGGAAUUGAUGGAUUGAUAGAAUACAAAUUAUUAUUUUGAUAAUUUGAAAGUUUCUGUAUUAGUAUUUUGGAUAUUACAUAAUUUAUUAAUUUAUAAUACAAAUUAAUUGUCUUUUAUUUAAGUUCAGAAGGGGUGUGAUGGUCACGUCGUCCCCACAGUGGUCUCAAACGUUAAUUUCCACGUCAAAAAUCAUACAAAAUUUCGAAAUUUUAAUUUAAAUUUUUAAUUGUUUAUAAUAAAAAUGUACAACCCUAAUAUUUACACCCCAAGGAACCUACAUAUUAAUUUUUUAAAUGUUAUUGAUAAAUUUACCUUACUCCUAGUGUUAUUUUCACACGGUUCUUUCUAGUAUAGAUGGUAUGUUACCGGAAUUUGUACUUUUCGUGGGUAUUUUUCUAACUUAAAUAGUUUUUUCUUAAUUUUUUCAUACGAUUAAUUUGAAGUUUAACGGCUUUAAAUUAUGUAAAAAACAAAAGUGCAUUGUUUUUAUUUUUAAUUUUUUAAUUUAAUUAAUACAAUUUUUUAUCUUAAAUCUUAAAACAGAUUCGGGGCGGAGCGAAGAAUCGCUAAUAGAAAUAGUAAAAUUUUAAAAAUAUUUUAGCGAUAUGUAGGCAUUUUAUGUUUACGAGUCUUUUUUUACAUAAUUUUUAAUUAUCAGGUACUACUCAAUCGAUUUUGGUAAAAUAAUGUUCAAUGUGUGUAUAAUUAGGUCCAACUUAAAAAGAUAAGAUAGUCUUCAACGUUCCAUUUUCAUUCCCAUGAAUUAUAUCGGGGUUUUUAGGUACUUUUGAUACGAAUAUCUAAUUGUUUAUAUUUUAUUUAUUUAUUUUUGUUUAUUUGCGGAUUACCUUGGUGAUAUUGGUGAUACAGAUGAUAAUUUGAUUAUCACGGUCAAGAAAAUUACUGUUAUUAUUAUUUACACUAUUAUCUAGCAAUACCAAAGCAUAGCCAGGUUAGCUAGUAUAUAUAUAUAUGAGUUACAAUAAAAUCGUAUUAUUGGCCGUUUUUGAUAUAGAUAACGUUUGUCUCCAUUUUACCUUAUGGAACCGUAAUUUCUCCACGGAGUACUAGUUUAAAUUAUUUUCUGUGAUUUUGGGUAGUUCCUUAAAAAAAUAAAAAAAGAUUUAACUAUUCUAUGUGGACGGAUUUUGUACAUUCUUAUUAUAUACCCAGACCGCAAUUCAUAAACUCGGAUGCUAAUUCAUACUUGAUUUAGGGAUUGGACUGCAAUUCACCAAAAAAAUAUUAUAUUUUUAACUAUAAACAAUAAAAAUAAUAAUAAUGAUAAUGUUUGGUUAAACAUCAUAUGGUUUUAUUACAGAACACAAAAUGAAGAAUCUAUUAUGUGUUCACGUAUACCAAAUGAUGAUCCACUUUAUUGGUAAGUGUUCUUAAUAUAAUAAUUAUAAUUUUUAGGAACCUACAUUCAAAAUAAAACGUAUUUUACAGUUAUUAUUAUAUCUUUAUUUAUAUUAAUACAUCUUUUGAAUAUUGAGUAUUAAAAUAAUUAUUGAGGUUUUAAAAGUGGCGUCUCCAUCACCAAAUGCAGUACGGUGCAUUGCAAUAACCCUCAUCUGACCUAACUGGGGAAGCCGGAUCCUCCAGGUUAAAAAAUAAGCGUAGAGCUAACAAACUUAUCUCAUAAAAAUCGAAUGUACAGAACUUCGAAAAUUUGCCUAGGAAACGUGGAUUUAAGAAUUUUAGACAGAAACAUCGGAAUUUGGUUUAAUAUUUUGGGACUUUAAAUGAACAAAUUUAAUGCAAAAAUUGGACACCAAAACUAAUUUAAAUCUAUAAAAUGAAUUACACUGGAAACGACUUGGACUAAAGAGCCUAAAAAUAAAUGGGGUCACAAGAUAGGACUAGAAAAGUGUGAUUGGAUAGAACUAACAAAGAAGUAGGUAAAUGUAGGACAUAAGAAGUGUCAUUGAAAAAAAUUACAAGAAACCCUUUUUGUUUGAUUUUUGGCUGUAUUAGGAGCAAAAAAUUACUUCUUGAGAUAGUUAUUUGAUUUUCCAAAGAGUUUUAAAAAAAAUUGGGAAAACCCGAAAAUAAAAUUACAGGUAAAACAGCAAAUGAUUACAACGCAUCACGGCGUUACUGAUUUCAUUGUUUCAAAUUUGUGUAUACCAUGUUUUUUAUUAUGAAAUAUUGAUCUAAACGUAAAAUGACAGGAUAUCGAUUUUGUUAAUUUUAGUAUUCACCCACUUAAAGAAAUAGUAAUUUUUCGAAAUCUAAAGUAUUUGAGAUCGAGAGUGGAGAGAAGAAGCUGAUAAUUUUACAAUGAUGUUUAUUUUUUUUUUAACUGUAAACAUUUUUUCUACCAGUAUUAUUGCUCUGAUUUUAGGUGUAAUACUUUUUCUGAAAGGAAAUCUGAUAGAAAAGGUACUUAUUUAGAAAGGUCAUUUUCCGUGUUUCUUAAGAGUUUUCCCAGUAAAUGUGAAAAACCGGGGAGAAACGUAGGAUAAAUUGGAAAAUCGGUAGAACAUUUAAUAAAUAUUAUUAAAGAAAAUAUAUAAUGCCUAUUUAAUUAGUUUACCAUAAUAUGACAUAUAUACGAGUAUAUUAACAAAGUAAUAUUAACGUAUUAUUAACAAAGUAUCACUAUCUACUAAAUCCCGUUCGGAAUCUGAAACGUUUUUUUGUUAGCAAUGAUUUAUCAAUGCUUACAGUUAUACAUUACAUUACCUACAACAGUGACUGCAUUCGUUUUCAUUAUCCUAGGACUGCUUUUUUUAUAACAAUUUAGAAAAACUGAAAAAGACAAUAAGUAUGAUUUUCUCAUAAUACGACAUGAUUUUAUUAUUUAAAAUUUGUACGGUUUAAGUUUUCUACCAUAGAUAUUUAUCCAAUAGAAUAACAACUAGAUACUUUUUUUUUUUUUUUUGGCAUUUUAAAUCUAGUUAGUGAGGAGUUUAGAAGGCGAAGCAUAUCAUAGGAAAUAUUGGUCACAGCAAAAUUAAUAGGACUGGAAAUUAACACUGAUACAGUGCUUCUCUUAAUUACAGGGAAGAGGCAUAUUGGAUCACACAUUUAGAAGUAGGUGUAUAUAAAUAGGUUCAAAAGAUUGUAGUAGUUUAGGUAAAUAACGAAGAAGCUACCGAAAUAAAGACCAGCUUGUAACAAAUGUUAUUACGAAUUAUUUAAAUUACUCAAAGCAAGAAUGAUUUAAUAAAUUUAAAGGUAUUAUUAUACCGUACUCAUUCGACCGGUAGAAAUGUAUAAUUGUGAAAUGUGGACAUUAUUCACAUCCAAAUAAAUUUAACUUCUUGUUUUCGAGAGGAAAAUAUUAAGAAGAAUAUAUGGCCGGGUCAGGAUAAAGGUAAAUUAGGUUAGGUUAGAUAAAAAUAAUGAACUCAAACAGUUGUAUCAGAUGUUAGGCAACUAGGGGAAAUUAUAAAUAGACAUCGCCAAUUGAUUGGGCAUGCAUACAGAACAGAAGGGUUACUGACACAUAUGAUUCAAAGUAGUAUGCCUGCAGAGAGAAAAUCUACUCUUGGAAUUUCCAAGAAAAAUGUAGGAAGAUUCGUUGAAAUUAUGUGGAAAACGUGAAAAUAAUAAAAAUAUGAAGUAUUAAAAUAAUUUUUUUAAAAUAAAUGGGUGGCUGACGUGAGGAAUAUGUGGCGGCCAGCGAGCCCCUUUAAAUUAUUAUGACAAAAACCGAGAAGAGUAGCAUAAUAAUUAAGUACUUCUUAAUUAAUAUUACAAAUCAUAACUGUUUCGUACUCAUCUAUAAACUGGAUUGUGAAGUUUGAGCUUUGGUGAUAUAGAUGUAAAUAUUAAAAACCUUUUAAUAAAGUAACCCUCGUUUUAAUGCUUAAACUUUCCAUAGAUAAAUAUUGUAUUAAAAAUAAUAAAUAAUUGAUUAGUUAGGUUAUAUUAGUAAUUUAGUUAAGUUAGUACUUAAUAAACAGUGUUUUAAUACUUAAAUAAUUCAACUAAUCGUGUGACAAAAGCUUAAUAAUUUAGGAUUUCUUUUAGUUCUAGAAAUGUGUACACAAACAUUCUUGAACCAAAAUUGCAGUUCAUACGAUUGGUUAAUCCAUUUUUACUAAUAAAGAAAAACAUCGAGAGAAGUAAAUACCUUAUAUUUGCCAAAGGCAACAACGCCCUUCUUAAGGUAAGAAGAAAUUACUGAAAUUAACAAUGCGUAUAGUGCUUAACAUAAGAUAUUUAUUAUCUCGGAAAGUAUAAACUUUUUUCGGAAAUUUUUUUUUUAAACAAUGAAGAAAUAAAUAGCUCCACAAUUUUGCAUUUCUUCUUUUUACUAUCCUUAUUUUAGGGUGUGAAGUCAUAAUCUGCUUUUGAUUUUCAAAUGUCUAUUUAUAUUAAAAAUUACAUAAAUUGAUAGAGAGAACAUUAGUUAAUAUCAAUUUUGAUGGUAACAUUUUUAAUUUCCUUCAAUCCGUUGACGAGAUAUUUCACUUUUAAGUUUCAGUGGAGGGAGAAUAGUGGUGCAUCGUUUGUACGGUAGCACGGUGCGCGGUAUCUUAAGAGUGUUAUCCCCCCCCCUCCGAAGAAUAUUAUCAAAAAUAAUAAAAAUUGAAUGUGAUGAUAAAAUAAUAAUAAAUAUAAAAAUAAAGGAAUAAAUAAAAACAAUCGAAUUUUUUAACCCAAUUUAUUUUCAAUUUUUCAAAAUAUUUAAAAUAUGUGACGUUCUAACAGACAGAUAAUCAAUUUGUUGAUUAAGAUUAUAGGUGUAGAAUACUUGAACGAUAUAGUUUUGAAUUUAAUAUCAGCUGGAAUGAAGCACAAGGGUAGUAGGUGUCUACCAAUAGUAGCUACGAUUCGAAAAUGUGUAUAUUCUCUAUUCAUAAUCAUAAUUUAUUUUUCAUAAUAUAAACUCUAAAUGUAGAUAAUGUGUAGGGAAUGUGUUAGCUUUUUUAUGAUGUGUGCUUCAAUUUUUAUAUUAUUAUUGUUUAACCAUAUACGUAUUUUAUGACUUUGUUAAGUAAGUAUUAUUUUGCAUUAUAUAGUACUAAUACAUUUUAAUUAUAAACUUUAAAUAAAUAAAUUUUUGUUAACUUAAUCAUAUAUCGUAUCACUAUACAAUCCUAUUAUCAGGAUUGGGUUAAUUGAUAAAACAAUAUCAACAAACACAAUGAUCAUUUUCAUUUUCAGUAAUCUAUUUUCAUCCUCAAGCUAACAUCCACCUGUUUGAUUUUACAGAAGGAAACCAUCAAAAUGACCAAUAGAGAAUCUAGAAAGGAUACUCCAACUCAACCUCUCGAAGUCAUUAAAGAUAAUUUUAAAAACACUAAGCAUACAAGAAAAAAGAAACAGAAACACAGACAUUUCAAACAUCACAGACCCAGUGUGGCAUAUUCAGAUUCGGAAUCGGACCAAUAUAAAGCCAAUAACGAAUCUCAAGCUAAUUCUACUCCGUCAACACAACACCUUCAACUGCCAUCGUCCAACAAAAAUCCGAAUGGCAUAACGGACAACGUAAACAUUUGUCCAGAAGUCGAUCACCUAGAAUACAAGUAAUUUUUUUUUUUUAACAUUACUCAUUUAGCUUACUAUCCAAACUUGAUUUUUAAAUAUAAUUAAAAUUCAUUGGUUUUUAAUUAUUUUAGUACCAUUUCGAAAUCACAUAAUAAAUCCACCAGCAAUGGACUGAUGAACGAAUCUUACGAGGAUUCGUUUGAAAACGAAUACGGAACCGCCCUUUUGUCCAGAUAUGGUGAAACCGAUCAGGAAAUAACAUAUCGUCGGUAUAAACGUCCACUAGGACUGGGUCAAAUCUCUUCUCAUAAACAGGUGCGUUUCAUGUUAUUGUGAUUAAAUUGUGGACUAAGCAAUAUCGUCGUAUCAGUUAUAGUUUUCUAAAAAUAAAAAAACUAUUCAAAAUUAGAAAUGACAAUAAUAACAACACAUUAGUACCUAAGUACUAACUAGUAAAAAAAAUAAAAUAAAACCAAAAUUGCAAUUAACUUCCUUAUUGAAAGAAACCACUUUUAAGACCACAUUAAAAAUCCACUUUCAUUAUAAUUUUCAUGAAAUUUUAGAAGGGUGGGGUGGUUAAUCCUUAAACUGCACACUUGUACGCGUGCCUACUCCUAAAGUCAUAAAGAGAAAAAAGUUCGAUAAAUCACUGGUUCCAAUGUCUCUUGGAAGAUUCUGCAUAUCAUAAAAAAAUAAUAUUAAAUUAAAUACACAAUUUGAUAAUAUUUUUAGUUCCAAUUUUAUCAUGUUAGUUUAAAAAGUGUAGUAUCGAUAAGGCAACAUAAAUUAACCGAUUUAAUGGUGCAUAAAUAAAGUUUAAAAAAAACUGAUACUGGGAAGGAGUGUGGCCACUGUUAUACAUGGAUAUUUGGGAAGGUGGGAUACAUAAAGUUAUUUAAUUUUUACCAGUAACCUAUGAUACACCAUUGUUAACGAAAAUCUAUUUGAAGCGUAAAUUUUGUUUUGCAUGUUUUGAAAGACUGAAAUAUUUUCAUUAUUUAGGCUUUAUGUUUUUUUCAAGGAAUCUAGCUAUGAUAAUAUAAUUCCAAGAUACCGUAAUUGGUGCAAUUUAGAUCUAGUUGGUGAGUUAAAAUUUAAUCCGACCCGAAAUUUGUUUGUACCUAUUUGAGAAAAACCGAAAAAAAGAAAGACCAAGAAAUUUUACUAAAAUAUAAUGGUUAUAUUCUUUUCAACUCUGUUUUAAAUUCUGAGUGAAGCGAAAAACUUAUAUCUUUACAAUAAUGGUUAUUUUUUUAUAUUCAUAGUGUAGCGUAGAAUGUUUUUUUUUUCUAAAGAUGUUUAUUUUUUUUUUAUGUUAACUUUUUUUCUACCAAAGAAGCUUAUUCCGAUGUAUAUGAUGUAGACCCUUUUCUAAAAGCAUAUUUUCUUGGGUUGUUUGAAGUAUGUUUGUCUUCGAUUAUCCCAAUAUUAUUCUCAAUAAAUAGGAAAAACCGGAAAAAAGAAGGAAAAACUAGAAAAUACAGACAAUAUUUAACAAAAAUUAUUAAAGAAAAUAUAUAAUUUAUAUGCAUUCUUUUAUCAUAAUAUAACAUAAUUUUAUAUAUAGUAUAUAUUGUUGAAAAAAGAACACUAUCAUGUGAAUUCUGCUCGAAUUCUGACUCAUUUUAUCAUAAGCAAUAAUUUAUCGUUGUUUAUAGAUUUACAUUAAAUUACUUAUAAUAAUAAUAGCCUACAUAUCCACAUUAUUCGAACAGAUUUUUUUGUAGUAUUAAAGUAAAAAUGUUUGUAGAUACUCAACAUUAUGUCAGAAGACAUGUUUAUUUAAGUAUUUUGAAGUCAUAAUAAAAUUUAAAAAAAAAUUAUCUUAUUUUAGCCUUAGUAACACUUUAAAAAAAUCCAAAAAAAUUCUUUGAUCUAUUUAUGAUAGAUAUGCUUUUUAUAUUCUUUAGUAUUAUUGCAUACUUAUUCUUCAGUAGGUACUAUAUUUAUAAAAUCGUUAAACCAAAUAGAAAUGCUUGGAAAUCUUAAAUUUAUUUGUUUGUUUCAAUAGAAUGAAUCCGUUGAAAUGAUAGAACGAACAAGACCAAGUAUUUCAUUUCAAAGUUUUAAAGUCAGAAAAGUAUUGUCCGAAUCGUUAGAUCAAUCGGGAAGCAACUACCGUGGUGAGCAUAAUGGUCAGUCAGAUUCGUUAUUAUCUGAGACCUCCUUGCCGUCAACUAUAGUCAGUUCAUCUAGCCGUUUUGUGUCGGAAAGUUUCUACACUGAUUCGUCUGACGAUAAACGUAUAACAUCGAUCACAUCAACUGUUACUCCAAGAUAUCAAAACAAUGAUAUUGAGGGCACUAUAGUACAGGACAAAAACAAAAACAUAGCGCUAAGGAAAAUAUUCCAGGCACAUCGUAAGGGAAUCGUAAGAAAUAUUCUAAAAUGUAGAGAUGGUAAAGGUAAAGGUAAUGUUAUAAUAGUGGACAAAAACGAAAGUAUGCGAUACAAUAAAGAACGUGUUUUUUCCACCGAAGUGGUCGUUCUACCAAAAAGAUCUAAAUCCCCCAAAAAGUUAUCGACCCAUUCGCUAUGGUGUAGCAUACCAUUGAACAUCAUGUCCAAUCAGUUUUCUCAGCUUGCAACCAAUAAUGAUUUAGCAAACUCUAAGCAUACCAUUAAAAAAAAUACACCGUCAGUGAUCACUUCGGACGACGUUUGGAACGAAAAUAAAAACAAAACCACCAACGAACAUUGUAAGACCCAGCAGCAGCAAAAUUGUCCUUCAAAUAAACGUUCAUUGGAACUGGAAGAGAUCUCCUCGCCAAUAACUAAAAAAAACAGGAAAAAUUGUUUUCAUCCAUUUGAGCCCAAUAAAAGAAAUCCUACAGAGAUGGUAAGUUUGAUAUAUAAUAACAAUUACAUAAUAAGGUACAUGUUUCAAUAACAUAUUAAACAUAGAGCAUAACGAGAAAUGCAUGAUAAUAGACGAAAAAAAACAAAUAGUAUUAAAAAACCAAUUGAAGAACUAAAUAAAAAUAGAAUAGAUUAUAAGAAUUACGAUAAAACUGUAGGAAACUAAUUUUUAUUCAGUAGGUACGAAAUCUGUUAACAAUUGUAAGACAUAAUCGAAAUACGUGUCAAUAAAACAGAUAUAUUAUAAACGAUGAUUUGUGAUCAAAUAAAAAUAUAUAAGAAAAAUAAGUAUAAUGUAGCUUUUACUUUUGUUUUUUAAAAGAAUUUUAACACUUAAUGUUGACCAAUAUCGUAAAUAUUAGGGCCUUUCAACUGAUUUAGUAAAAACUAAACAUAGAGUGGAAAAUAAAAACAUGUCAGGGAUCGCUUCGGACAAAUUUGAAACGUAAACAAAAAAAAAAAACACUAGCAAAUAAUAUACGACCCAUGUGCAGCUUACCAUUCUUCUAUAUGAACGUUCAAUGUCACUGAAAGAAUUAUCUUAGUUAAUGCCUAACAUAUUCCGUAGAAAAUUCUAUCGUCCAUCGGUGCCCACCGCAAGACAUGCUACAGAGAUGGUAAGUUUGUGUUUUAAACUAAAUCAUAUUAAGUUACCAAAUUCGAUACAAUUUUAGAUAGGAGCUUAGAAAGGGUUGCAUUGUAUUUACAAUUAUUUCCUAUUUUGUUUUCCCGUGCGAAACGUUUCAAGCCAAAAACAUGCACCGAAUUACUACGUGUAGCUCUUUUUCUGAAUGAGCUUAUUAUAUUGGCAAAGUAGACAGGCCAUGGUUUAAAUUUCUGAACAGUUGACAUAAUGAUUGCGAAAAAAUGUGGAAAAAGGAAAAAAUUGUCGAGAAUAAUAAUUUUCCUAUUUUUUUUUUUUAUAUCACUUUAUUGGUUUAAAAGUGAAAACAUUUUUAAAGACUUGUUAUUUUGACGGAUAAUAUAUGUUUGCUUAAUAUAGACAUGGUAUGAUUAUUAAAACCAUUGGAAAAUGUAUAAGAUAUUUUAAACAUUUUAUUUUGAGAUCAUUUACUUAGUUUUUAUUCGGUAGGUACUUAUUCUGUAGACAAACUUGUUAGAAUUAAGAGAAAUGGGUGUCAAUUUAACAGGAAAUACGUUAUAAAUAGUGAUAAGUGAUCAAAUAAAAAUAAAUUUAAAAAAAUAGUAAAUUGUAAUUUUUUUUUUUGAUUUUUAAAAAACAUAGAACACUUAAUAUUGAUUAAUAUCGUAAAAAUUAGGACUGUUCUAAACAUGUUUACAAGAAUAUUUUACCUAAUCGUAUUACUUUAGCACAAGCGUUUUUAGAAAAUUGGAUAAAUUGAUUAAAUUUUGACUAUUUUGUGUCAGUGAUCAAGAGGAAAAGGUAAUAAAUUAUUUUUUCCCUAAAUAAAUGAUAUGAAGACCAAAAUAAAACAAAUUUCCUUAAAAAACAAUACAAUAUUGAAUAAAUUAUUAAAAUAACUUUAACAUGGUAGAACACUUUGUAUUGUGGGUGGGAAAUAUGCGCGGUAUUUUCUCCAACAAACUAUAAUCGAAUGAGCUAUAAUAAUUUUAGAGUAUAGAUUAAUGAUCAUAGAUCAGAAAAUAUUGUUAUCAUCACGUGCGUUUCUCUUAUAUUUCCAACACCUAUUAUAAGAGCUCAAUAACUACGGAAUGAUAUAGAUUAAAUUUUAUCCUGUAUGUACUAGAUUCCAGCAUGGAUGAACAUAGAUGAAUCCUCUUCUACACAACAAGAAUUCGAUGAUAUUCCAUCCCAAGCGAACUAGACACGGAAUUUUUAAAUUUUGCAGUCCGUUCUAGUCCAAAAAAUUAAUUAUUUGUUCCGACUCAAAUUUGUCCGAUAAAAAAAUUACAAAUCAUUGUUGAAAAAUAUUUAUUUUUACAUUCAGCUCAAUACAAUCUGAUUAAAAUAUUCAAAAAAUUAAUCAUUAAAAAUAUUCUCUGAACAAGUACUGUAUUGUCAAAGUAGUUCAAAACCUGGAGAACACCUACAAUUACAUGAGAUAUUUUGUCGAAUUAUAAAAAUAUCAAUAAUACUUGAUAUUUUGUCAGAAAAAAAAUCAUACUAUAUAUUUAAAAGUUUCAAAAAAUAUGGCUGAUAUAUUUUUAGGAUUUUUAUAUUUAAUUAAUAUAUUUUCAUAAUUUUUCUUUGGUAGAUACUAUGUUUAUAAAAUUGUUUUACCAAAUAAAUAUAUAUACAAAUAAUAUACAAAUUCCUGUAAAUCUUAAAAUUAACUGUUUUUUUUUUUUUUUUUUUUAAAGGAAUCUUUUGGAAUGUCAAAGCCAAUGAGGACAAGUAUUUCAUCCUCAAAGACUAAUGUCACAGAAAAAUUGCCCAAAUCAAUUGAAUUUUGGGCCAUCAAAUACCGUCGUAGGCCUAACAGUACGUCAAAUUCGUCAUCAUCUUCGAAUAAAACUGUCAGUUCAACUACAGUCAGUUCAUCUAGCCAAUCUGUGUCGGGGAGUACCGACGAUGAUUCGUCAGAAGAUGAACAUAAAACAGGAAUCACAUCAUCGGAAACUCUAAGCUCUCCAGACAGUUAUGUUGAGGACAUUUUAGUACAAAGUAAAAACAAAAUAAAUAAGAUAAAAAAUUUAACCCGGGCACACAGCAAGGAAGUCGUUUUUAAUGGUGAAAAAUUCAAAAAAGGUAUACAAAGUCAUGACGAUCGUGGAUCUUCGAGUGAAGCGGUCAUUGUACCCGAAAAUUCUAAAAAUACGAAGAUUUCAUCGACCAAUUCAGUAUGGUGCAGUAUACCAUCGGAGAACAUUAACAAUCUGUCUUCAUUGCUUGUAAACUCUGCUGAUUUUACAUACUCUAAACAUGCAAUGGAAAAAAAAAUCACGCCGUUAAACAAAUCAGACAACUUUAGGAACUUGGACAAUGAAAAAAACGAUAGCGAAUGUUAUAGAACCCACGAGCAGCUAACCAAUCCUUCAUAUGAACUGGCACCGAAUGAAUUAUCCUCAUCUAUGCCUAACAUAUUCCGUAGAAAAUUCUACCGUCCAUCUGAGCCCAUAGGAAGACAUGCAACAGAAAUGGUAAGUUUGUGUUUUGAACUAAACCAUUUUAAAAUAUCAAAUUCGAUAACAUUCUAAAUAGAUGCACAGAGAAGAAUGUAUUGAGUUUACAAUUAUUUCCGAAUUUUUUUUCCCGUCCUAAAAGUUUCAAGCAAAAAUCAUACACUGAUUUACCACGUAAAGCUCUUUUUCUGAAUGAUUUUAUUAAAUUGUCAUUGUAGACAGGUCAUAGUUUAAAUUUCUAUGGGGUUGACAUAAUGAUACCGAAAAAAUUAGAGAAUUUCGAGAUUACUAUUUUACUAUUUUUAUUUUUAUUUCGGUUUAUUGGUUUUCAAGUGAAAACAUUUGUAGAAACUUGUUAUUAUGACGGGAAAUAUUUGUUUGCUUAUUAUAGACAUAUUACAACUUUUAAAACCAUUGAGCGAUUUAUACGAUAUUUUAAACAUUUCAUUUUGCGAACUAUUAUCUAGUUUUUAUUCGAUAUGUACUUACUAUGUGUACAAAUUUGUUAGAUUUCACAGAAAUUCGUGUUAAUUGAUCAGCAUAUACUUUAUGAAUAGUGAUAUGUGAACAAAUAAAAAAAUAUAAAAAAAUAAUACAUUGUAUUUUUUUUUUUUUUUUGAUUUUUAGAAAACAUAGAACAUUUAGUAUUGAUCAAUUUCGAAAUUAUAAAGGCCUUUAAAAACAUGUUUACCCGAAAUUCACUUCUAAGCGUAUUUAUUUAGCAAUAGUGUUUUGCUUAUAAUAUUAAUUUUAACAUAAUUAUGUUUUUCCUCCCUUUUUUAAAUCAUAUAUUUUGAGUGAAAAUAACUUUGUAUUUUCUUCUCAUAAUUACUAAAAGAUACGAAUUGAUUAUUCUGUAACUAUUUAUAAUUUUAAAUUGGUAAAAGUUUCUGUUUUAAUAAAUUUUAAGUUUACAAACAUUCAUACCAGAUCAAAAGUGUGUCUGUAGUUGCCCAUUUAGUUUUUAGAAACUUUGUUUAAGAUAAUUUAAUUUUGACAAUAAUUAGCGUUUCGGGAUAAGUUACCACACUUACAGGUCAUUGCUCGUCUCUACAGAAUAUAAAUUAUAUUCUCUCGUAUACCUGAAAAAUAAAUUCACCAUAACUAAGAAGUUAGAAAUCUUAUAUAACUGUAGAAUACUAUAAUUUUAAGAAAAAUGUAUUAUUUAAAAUUAAUAUUUUUCAAAUUUUAUAAUGUAUAAGAAUAAAAACAUAAAUUUUCAGUGNGGAUAAAGAUUAUUAUUAAUUAUGUCUCCACACAAGUAAAAAAAUAAUUAAAAAAAACAUAUGUUCUUAAAAAACCAAGCAAAAAACUAAAUUAGUAUUGAAAUUAGUUAUUAGAAUAACAAUAACACGGUAGUACCGCUGGUUUUGUGGGUGGGAAAUAUGCUCGGUAUUUUCUCCAAUAAACUGUACUCGAACGAGUUUUACCAAUUUUAAUAUACAAAAUAAUGAUCAUAGAUAUAAAAAAUAUUGUUAUCGUCACAUGUGUGCCUCUUCAAUUUUCAAUACCAAAUACAAUUACGGCAUGGACGAACAUAGAUGAAUCUUAUUCUACACAACAGGAGUUCAAAGUUAUUGCCUCCCAAUUGAACUCCAAUCGACAAUUUUAAAUUUCGCAACAUUUUCUAGUCCAAAGAAAAUUUUUUAGUUCAGACUCUUUUUGUCCGAUAAAACAAAUACAAAUCAAUGUCGAAAAAUUUUUUUUUACUUAUGUCUCAAUACGAUUUGAUUAAAAUACUCGAAAAGUUAUUUAUUUAAUGACAUUCUCUGGAAUUUAAAUGUGUUUGAAAGUCUUACAAACACUGGAAAACACCUAAAACUAACUGAGUUCUUUUAAUAUACUAUAAUGAUGUCGAAGAUAAAUGAUAUUUCCUUAAAAAAAGUACAUAUUUAUAUAUUCCUGGCUACGGUUACAUAUAUAAAAAUUUCAUAAUAUAUGGAGGAUUUAUGUAUAGGAUUUCUAUUUUUUUGCUGUAUUAAUUCGAAAUUUUUUUUUUUUGUAGGUACUAUGUUUAUAAUAUUGUUUUACCAAAUAAAAAUUCCCGUCAAUCUUAAACUUAACUAUUUUUUUUUUUUUUUUUUAAAGGAAUCUUUUGGAAUGUCAGAGCCAAUGAGAACAAGUACUUUAUCCCUAAAAUCCAAUGUCAUAGAAAAAUUGCCCAAAUCAUUUGAUCCUCGGGCCACCAAAUACCGUUAUAGUCCUAAAAGUCCGUCUAAUUCGUCUUCUUCUUCGUCCAAAACAUUGUUAACUACGGUCGGUUCAUCUAGCCAAUCUGUGUCGGGAAGUUCCGACCCUGAUUCGUUAAAAGAUGAACGUAGAACAGGGUUCACAUCAACGGAUAAUCCAAGAUCUCCACAGAAUAAUGUUGAGAGCAUUAUAGUACAGGAUAAUUACAAAAAUGAUAAGAUAAAAAAAUUUAUCCGAUCCCACCGCAAGGAAGUCGUUUUUAAUGGUGGAAAAUCCAAAGAUUUUAUACGGAGAUAUGACGAUCGUGUUUCUUCGAGUGAANAUAGUCCUAAAAGUCCGUCUAAUUCGUCUUCUUCUUCGUCCAAAACUUUGUUAACUACGAUAGGUUCGUCUAGCCAAUCUGUGUCAGGAAGUUCCGAAGAUGAAUCGUCAAAAGAUGAACGUAGAACAGGGUUCACAUCAACGGAUACUCCAAGAUCUCCACAGAAUAAUGUUGAGAGCAUUAUAGUACAGGAUAAUUACAAAAAUGAUAAGAUAAAAAAAUUUAUCCGAUCCCACCGCAAGGAAGUCGUUUUUAAUGGUGGAAAAUCCAAUGAUGGUAUACGGAGUCAUGACGAUCGUGCUUCUUCGAGUGAAGUGGGGGUUUUACCCGAAAAUUCUAAAGACACGAAGACUUCAUCAGCCAAUUCAAUAUGGUGCAGUAUACCCUCGGAGAACAUUAACAAUAUGUAUCCAUUGCUUUCAAACUCUGCUGAUUUUACAUACUCUCAACAUGCAAUGGAAAAAAAAACCACGCCUGUAAACAAAUCGGACCACUUUUGGAACUUAAACAAUGAAACAAUCGAUAGCGAACGUUAUAGAACCCACAAGCAGCUAACCAAUCCUUCAUAUGAACUGGCAGCGAAUGAUUUAUGCACAUCUAUGCCUAACAUAUUCCGUAAAAAAUUCUACCGUCCAUCUGAGCCCAUAGAAAGACAUGCAACAGAGAUGGUAAGUUUGUGUUUUGAAUUAAAUCGUAUUAAGCUACCAAAUUUGAUAAUAUAUUACAUAGGAUCUAAGAGAAUGAUUUAUUAAAUUAAUAAUUAUUCCCUAUUUUGUUUUCCUUGCUGAACAUUGUGUAUUACAAAAGUGUCGAAAAUACAUGACGUUUCAUCAAAAUAAAGUUCUUAUUUACAAAUUUAAAAAUUUCAGAAAAUAUGGCCGAUGUAUUUUUAAGAUUUUUACAAUUUUGUAAUAUUAUUUCAUACAUUUUUUUUUGGUAGGUACUAAGUAUAUACAAUUGUUUUACCAAAUAGAAAUGUUCGUAAAUCUUAAACUUAACUGUUUUUUUUUUUUUUAAAAGGAAUCUUUUGGAAUGUCAGAGUCAAUGAGAACAAGUACUUUAUCCCUAAAAUCCAAUGUCACAGAAAAAUUGCCCAAACCAUUUGAUCCUUGGACCACCAAAUACCGUUAUAGUCCUAAAAGUCCAUCUAAUUCGUCUUGUUCUUCGUCCAAAACAUUGUUAACUACGGUUGGUUCAUCUAGCCAAUCUGUGUCGGGAAGUUCCGACCCUGAUUCGUCAAAAGAUGAACGUAAAACAGGAUUCACAUCAACGGAAUCUCCAAAAUCUUUACAGAAUGAUGUUGAGAGCAUUUUAGUACAGAAUAUCCACAAAAACGAUAAGAUUAGAAAAUUUAUCCAAUCCCAACGCGAGGAAGUCGUUUUUAAUGGUGGAAAAUCCAAAGAUUUUAUACGGAGAUAUGACGUAGGUGCUUCUUCCAGUAAAGCGGUCUUUCUACCCAAAAGUUCUACAGAUUCGAAUAUAUUAACGACUAAUUCAACAUGCAACAGUAUACCGUCGGAGAACAUUAACAAUCCGUAUUCUGUGCUUGCACAUUUUGCUGAUUUAACAUUCUCUAAACACGCCGUGGAAAAUAAAACAACGCCAGUAGCCGAGUCGGACGAUUUUUGGAAGUUAAACAAAGAAAACAACAAUGGCGGAUGUAAUAAAACCCAUGAGCCGCUAGCCAAUCCUCCAGAUAAACGGUCACUGGCACUGAAAGAAUCAUCGUCAUCCAUGCCGAAUAUAUUCCGUAGAAAAUUCUACCGUGAAUCUGAGCCCACCGCAACACAUGCUACAGAUAUGGUAAGUUUGUGUUUUAAACUAAAUCAUAUAAAGCUACCAUAUUCGAUAAAAUUUGAGAUGGGAUCUUAGAGAAUGAUAUAUUGAAUUUACAAUUGUUCCCUAUAUUGUUUUCUCGUGCUGAACGUUUUAAGCAAAAACCAUGGCAUUUUAAAAAAGCAAUAGUUUAAAUUUCUAAGAGGUUGAUAUAACAAUUGCGAAAAAUGCGGAAUAAAGUGAAAAUUUUAAAAAUACUAAUUUUACUAUUUGUAUAUUUAUAUCGGUUUAUUGGUUAGCAGUAAAUACAUUUUCAGAGUAUGUCGAAAAUGUAUUAUGUUUUAUCUAAAUAAAGUUCUUAUUUACAAAUUUAAAUAUUUUAGAAGACAUGGCUGAUCUAUUUUUAAGAUUUUUACAUAUUCGUUAUUUUAUUUUAUAAUUUAUGUUUGGCAGGUACUAUCCUUAUAGAAGUGUUUUAUCAAAUAUAAAUUCCUGUUAAUAGUAAAUUAAUCUUUUUUAAUUUUUUUUUUUUUUUUAACAGGAGAUAUCUGGUGGGAUGGCAGAUCCAUUGAGAACAAGUGCUUUAUCCUUAAAUUCCGAUGUCAUGAAAGGAAUGCCCCAAUCAUUAGAUCUUUGGACCACCAGAUACCGUUUAAUUCCCAGAAGUCCGUCUAAUUCGUCUUCUUCUUCGUCCAAAACAUUGUUAACUACGGUCGGUUCAUCUAGCCAAUCUGUGUCGGGAAGUUCCGUCGCUGAUUCGUCUAAAGAUGAACGUAGAACAGGAUUCACAUCAACAGAUAAUCCAAGAUCUCCACAGAAUGAAGUUGAGAGCAUUAUAGUACAGGAUAAUUNUGGAAAAUCCAAAAGUUUUAUACGGAGUUAUGACGAAGGUGCUUCUUCCAGUAAUGCGCACUUUCUACCUAACAGUUCUAAAGAUUCGAAUAUUUUAACGACCAAGUCAAUAUGGAGCAGUAUACCGUCGGAGAACAUUAACAAUCCGUGUUCUGUACUUGCAAACUCAUCUGAUUUAACAUACUCAGAACACGGGAUGGAAAAUAAAACCACGCUGGUAGCCAAGUUGAAUGACUUUUGGAAGUUAAACAAAGAAAAAAACGAUAGCGAAUGUAAUAGAACCCAUGUGCAAGUAACCAAACUUCCAGAUGAUCGUUCACUGGCACUGAAAGAAUCAUCGUCAUCCAUGCCUAACAUAUUCCGUAGAAAAUUCUACCGUGCUUCUGAGCUCACCGCAUCACAUGCUACAGAGAAGGUAAGUUUAUGUUUUAAACAAAAUAUUAUUAAGCUACCAAAUUCGAUAAAAUUUGAGAUAAGAUCUCAGUGAAUGAUGUAUAGUAUAUACAAUUAUUCCCAACUUUUUUUCCCCUGCUGAACGUUUAAGCUACUACUUUGUACAGACGUACUAUGUGUAGAUUUUACUGAAUGAUCAUAUUAUAUUGGCAUUUUAAAAAAGCAAAAGUUCAAAUUUCUAAGCGGUUCAUAUAAAAAUUGCGAAAAAAUGCGGAAUAAAGUGAAUAUAUAUAAAAAUACUAAUUUUACUAUUUCUAUUUUUAUAUCGGUUUAUUGAUUUAGCAGAGUACACAUUUAUAAAUUAAGACGAAAAUACAUGAUGAUUUAUCUUAACAAAGUUCCUAUUUACAAAUUUAAAGAUUUCAGAAGACAUGGCUGAUCUAUUUUUAAUAUUUUUACAUUUUCGUUAUUUUAUUUUAUAAUUUAUCUUUGGUAGGUACUAUCCUUAUAGAAGUGUUAUAUCAAAUUUAAAUUCCUGUAAAUCCUAAUUUAAUCUGUUUUAAUUUUUUUUUUUAAUAGGAUAAAUCUGGUGGGAUGGCGGAUCCAAUGAGAACAAGUGCUUUAUCCUUAAAUUCCGAUGUCAUGAAAGGAAUGCCCCAAUCAUUAGAUCUUUGGACCACCAAAUACCGUUUUAUUCCCAGAAGUCCGUCUAAUUCGUCUUCUUCAUCGUCCAAAACAUUGUUAACUACGGUCGGUUCAUCUAGCCAAUCUGUGUCGGGAAGUUCCGUCGCUGAUUCGUCUAAAGAUGACCGUAGAACAGGAUUCACAUCAACGGACACUCCAAGAUCUCCACAGAAUAAUGUUGAGAGCAUUGUAGUACAGGAUAAUUACAAAAAUGAGAAGAUAAAAAAAUUUAUCCGAUCCCACCGCAAGGAAGUCGUUUUUAAUUUUGGAAAAUCCAAAGAUUUUAUACGGAGAUAUGACGAAGGUGCUUCUUCCAGUAAAGCGGACAUUCUACCACAAAGUUCUAUUAAUUCGAAUAUAUUAACGACCAAUUCAACAUGGAACAGUAUACCGUCGGAGAACAUUAACAAUCCGUAUUCUGUGCAAGCACACUUUUCUGAUUUAACAUUCUCUAAACACGCUGUGGAAAAUAAAACAACGCCAGUAGCCGAGUCGGACGACUUUUGGAAGUUAAAUAAAAAUAACAACGAUAGCGGAUGUAAUAGGACCCAUCAGCAGCUAACCAUUCCUCCAGAUGAACGAUCACUGGCACUGAAAGAAUCAUCGUCAUCCAUGCCUAAUAUAUUUUGUAGAAAAUGCAACUGUGCAUCUGAGCCCACCGCAACACAUGCUACAGAGAUGGUAAUGUUUAAACUAAAUCUUAUUAUGCUACCAAAUACGAUAAAAUUUUAGAUAGUAGCUUAGAAAAUAAUGUGUUAAAUUACAAUUAUUUCCAAUUUUUUUUUCCCGUGAAAAAUGUUUCAAGCAAAAUCCAUGCUCGUAGGUACAACGUGUAGCAUUUUUUUCGAAUGAUCAUUUAUAUUGGCAUUGUAAAAACGCAAUAGUUUAAAUUUCUAAGAGGUUGACAUAAAAAUUACGAAAAAAUGCGGAAUAAAGUGAAAAUUUGUAAAAAUACUAAUUUUACUAUUUCUAUUCUUACAUCGGUUUAUUGGUUUAGCAGUGAAUACAAUUUUAGAGUGUGUCGAAAAUGCAUGAUGUUUAAUCUAAAUAAAGUUCUUAUUUACAAAUUAAAAGAUUUUAGAAGACAUGGCUGAUCUACUUUUAAGAUUUUUACAUAUUCGUUAUUUUAUUUUAUAAUUUAUAUUUGGUAGGUACUAUCCCUAUAGAAGUGUUUUAUCAAAUAUAAAUUCCUGUUAAUCCUAAAUUUAUUUGUUUUGUUUUUUUUUUUUUAAUAGGAGAAAUCUGGUGGGAUUGCAGACCCAAUGAGAAAAAGUAUUUUAUCCCUAAAUUCCGAUGUCAUGAAAGGAAUGCCCAAAUCAUUAGAUCGUUGGACUACCAAAUACCGUUAUAGUCUUAAAAGUCCGUCUAAUUCGUCUUCUUCUUCAUCCAAAACAUUGUUAACUACGGUCGGUUCAUCUAGCCAAUCUGUGUCGGGAAGUUCCGUCGCUUAUUCCUCUAAAGAUGAACGUAAAACAGGGAUCACAUCAACAGAUACUCCAAGAUCUCCACACAAUAAUGUUGAGAGCAUUAUGGUACAGGAUAAUUACAAAAAUGAUAAGAUAAAAAAAUUUAUCCAAUCCCACCGCAAGGAAGUCGUUUUUAAUGGUGGAAAAUCCAAAAGUUUUAUACGGAGUUAUGACGAUGGUGCUUCUUCCAGUAAUGCGCACUUUCUACCUAACAGUUCUAAAGAUUCGAAUAUUUUAACGACCAAGUCAAUAUGGAGCAGUAUACCGUCGGAGAACAUUAACAAUCCGUGUUCUGUACUUGCAAACUCAUCUGAUUUAACAUACUCAGAACACGGGAUGGAAAAUAAAACCACGCUGGUAGCCAAGUUGAAUGACUUUUGGAAGUUAAACAAAGAAAAAAACGAUAGCGAAUGUAAUAGAACCCAUGUGCAAGUAACCAAACUUCCAGAUGAUCGUUCACUGGCACUGAAAGAAUCAUCGUCAUCCAUGCCUAACAUAUUCCGUAGAAAAUUCUACCGUGCUUCUGAGCUCACCGCAUCACAUGCUACAGAGAAGGUAAGUUUAUGUUUUAAACUAAAUAUUAUUAAGCUACCAAAUUCGAUAAAAUUUGAGAUAAGGUCUUAGUGAAUGAUGUAUAGUAUAUACAAUUAUUCCCAAUUUUUUUGUCCCUUGCUGAACGUUUAAGCAACUACUUUGUACAGACGUAAUAUGUGUAGAUUUUGCUGAAUGAUCAUAUAAUAUUGGCAUUUUAAAAAAUCAAAAGUUCAAAAUUCUAAGCGGUUCAUAUAAAAAUUGCGAAAAAAUGCGGAAUAAAGUGAAUAUAUAUAAAAAUACUAAUUUUACUAUUUCUAUUUUUAUAUCGGUUUAUUGGUUUAGCAGAGUACACAUUUAUAUAUUAUGACAAAAAUACAUGAUGACUUAUCUUAACAAAGUUCCUAUUCACANUGAGAACAAGUGCUUUAUCCUUAAAUUCCGAUGUCAUGAAAGGAAUGCCCCAAUCAUUAGAUCUUUGGACCACCAGAUACCGUUUUAUUCCCAGAAGUCCGUCUAAUUCGUCUUGUUCUUCGUCCAAAACAUUGUUAACUACGGUCGGUUCAUCUAGCCAAUCUGUGUCGGGAAGUUCCGUCGCUGAUUCGUCUGAAGAUGAACGGAGAACAGGAUUCACAUCAACGGAUAAUCCAAGAUCUCCACAGAAUAAUGUUGAGAGCAUUAUAGUACAGGAUAAUUACAAAAAUGAUAAGAUAAAAAAAUUUAUCCGAUCCCACCGCAAGGAAGUCGUUUUUAAUAGUGGACAAUUCAAAAAUUUUAUACGGAGUUAUGACGAAGGGGCUUCCUCCAGUAAUGCGGACUUUCUACCUAAAAGUUCUAAAGAUUCGAAUAUUUUAACGACCAAGUCAAUAUGGAGCAGUAUACCGUCGGAGAACAUUAACAAUCCGUGUUCUGUACUUGCAAACUCUUCUGAUUUAACAUACUCAGAACACGGGGUGGAAAAUAAAACCACGCUGGUAGCCAAGACGGAUGACUCUUGGAAGUUAAACAGAAAAAACAACGAUAGCGGAUGUAAUAGGACCCAUGAGCAGUUAACCAAUCCUCCAGAUGAACGAUCACUGGCACUGAAAGAAUCAUCGUCAUCCAUGCCUAAUAUAUUUUGUAGAAAAUGCAACUGUGCAUCUGAGCCCACCGCAACACAUGCUACAGAGAUGGUAAUGUUUAAACUAAAUCUUAAUAUGCUACCAAAUACGAUAACAUUUUAGAUAGUAGCUUAGAAAAUAAUGUGUUGAAUUUACAAUUAUCUCCUAUUUUUUUUCUCGUGCUGAACGUUUAAAGCAAAAUCCAUGCACAGACGUACUAUGUGUAGCUUUUUUUAUGAAUGAUCGUUUUUUAUUGGCAUUUUAAAAGAGCCAUGGUUUAAAUUUCUAAGGAGUUGACAAAAUAAUUCCGAAAAAAUGCGGAAUCAUGUGAAAAUUUACAAAAAUACUAAUUUUACUAUUUCUAUUUUUAUAUCGGUUUAUUGGUUUAGCAGUAAAUACAUUUUUACAGUAUGUCGAAAAUGCAUGAUGUUUCAUCCAAACAAAGUUCUUAUUUACAAAUUUAAAAAUAUCAGAAAACAUGGCUGAUCCUUUUUUAAGAUUUUUACUUAUUCAUUAUUUUAUUUUAUAAUUUAUCUUUGGCAGGUACUAUCCUUAUAGAAGUGUUUUAUCAAAUAUAAAUUCCUGUUAAUAGUAAAUUAAUCUUUUUUAAUUUUUUUUUUUUUUUAACAGGAAAUAUCUGGUGGGAUGGCAGAUCCAUUGAGAACAAGUGCUUUAUCCUUAAAUUCCGAUGUCAUGAAAGGAAUGCCCCAAUCAUUAGAUCUUUGGACCACCAGAUACCGUUUUAUUCCCAGAAGUCCGUCUAAUUCGUCUUCUUCUUCGUCCAAAACAUUGUUAACUACGGUCGGUUCAUCUAGCCAAUCUGUGUCAGGAAGUUCCGUCGCUGAUUCGUCUAAAGAUGAACGUAAAACAGGGAUCACAUCAACAGAUACUCCAAGAUCUCCACACAAUAAUGUUGAGAGCAUUAUGGUACAGGAUAAUUACAAAAAUGAUAAGAUAAAAAAAUUUAUCCGAUCCCACCGCAAGGAAGUCGUUUUUAAUAGUGGACAAUUCAAAAAUUUUAUACGGAGUUAUGACGAAGGGGCUUCCUCCAGUAAUGCGGACUUUCUACCUAAAAGUUCUAAAGAUUCGAAUAUUUUAACGACCAAGUCAAUAUGGAGCAGUAUACCGUCGGAGAACAUUAACAAUCCGUGUUCUGUACUUGCAAACUCUUCUGAUUUAACAUACUCAGAACACGGGGUGGAAAAUAAAACCACGCUGGUAGCCAAGACGGAUGAUUCUUGGAAGUUAAACAGAAAAAACAACGAUAGCGGAUGUAAUAGGACCCAUGAGCAGUUAACCAAUCCUCCAGAUGAACGAUCACUGGCACUGAAAGAAUCAUCGUCAUCCAUGCCUAAUAUAUUUUGUAGAAAAUGCAACUGUGCAUCUGAGCCCACCGCAUCACAUGCUACAGAGAUGGUAAUGUUUAAACUAAAUCUUAUUAUGCUACCAAAUACGAUAAAAUUUUAGAUAGGAGCUUAGAAAAUAAUGUGUUAAAUUACAAUUAUCUCCUAUUUUUUUUUCUCGUGCUGAACGUUUAAAGCAAAAUCCAUGCACAGACGUACUAUGUGUAGCUUUUUUUAUGAAUGAUCGUUUUAUAUUGGCAUUGUAAAAACGCAAUAGUUUAAAUUUCUAAGAGGUUGACAUAAAAAUUACGAAACAAUGCGGAAUAAAGUGAAAAUUUUUAAAAAUACUAAUUUUACUAUUUCUAUUCUUACAUCGGUUUAUUGGUUUAGUAGUGAAAACAUUUUUAGAGACUAGUUAUUAUGACGGGAAAUAUUUUUUUGCUGACUAGGAAUUUAUUAUUUUUUUUUUUACCUUUGUAAAUGUCCCGUUUGUAUAAGUUUCUGUUUUAAUAAAUUUUAAGUUUACAAACAUUCAUACCAGAUCAAAAGUGUGUCUGUAGUUGCCCAUUUAGUUUUUAGAAACUUUGUUUAAGAUAAUUUAAUUUUGACAAUAAUUAGCGUUUCGGGAUAAGUUACCACACUUACAGGUCAUUGCUCGUCUCUACAGAAUAUAAAUUAUAUUCUCUCGUAUACCUGAAAAAUAAAUUCACCAUAACUAAGAAGUUAGAAAUCUUAUAUAACUGUAGAAUACUAUAAUUUUAAGAAAAAUGGAUUAUUUAAAAUUAAUAUUUUUCAAAUUUUAUAAUGUAUAUGAAUAAAAACAUAAAUUUUCAGUGAUUAAAGGAUAAAGGUUAUUAUUAAUUAUGUCUCCACACAAGUAAAAAAAUAAAUAAAAAAAACAUAUGUUCUUAAAAAACCAAGCAAAAAACUAAAUUAGUAUUGAAAUUAGUUAUUAGAAUAACAAUAACACGGUAGUACCGCUGGUUUUGUGGGUGGGAAAUAUGCUCGGUAUUUUCUCCAAUAAACUGUACUCGAACGAGUUUUACCAAUUUUAAUAUACAAAAUAAUGAUCAUAGAUAUAAAAAAUAUUGUUAUCGUCACAUGUGUGCCUCUUCAAUUUUCAAUACCAAAUACAAUUACGGCAUGGACGAACAUAGAUGAAUCUUAUUCUACACAACAGGAGUUCAAAGUUAUUGCCUCCCAAUUGAACUCCAAUCGACAAUUUUAAAUUUCGCAACAUUUUCUAGUCCAAAGAAAAUUUUUUAGUUCAGACUCUUUUUGUCCGAUAAAACAAAUACAAAUCAAUGUCGAAAAAUUUUUUUUUACUUAUGUCUCAAUACGAUUUGAUUAAAAUACUCGAAAAGUUAUUUAUUUAAUGACAUUCUCUGGAAUUUAAAUGUGUUUGAAAGUCUUACAAACACUGGAAAACACCUAAAACUAACUGAGUUCUUUUAAUAUACUAUAAUGAUGUCGAAGAUAAAUGAUANAACCGUUUUUUUUUUUUUUUUUUUUAAAGGAAUCUUUUGGAAUGUCAGAGCCAAUGAGAACAAGUACUUUAUCCCUAAAAUCCAAUGUCAUAGAAAAAUUGCCCAAAUCAUUUGAUCCUCGGGCCACCAAAUACCGUUAUAGUCCUAAAAGUCCGUCUAAUUCGUCUUCUUCUUCGUCCAAAACAUUGUUAACUACGGUCGGUUCAUCUAGCCAAUCUGUGUCGGUAAGAUCUGACGCUGAUUCGUCAAAAGAUGAACGUAGAACAGGAUUCACAUCAACGGAUACUCCAAGAUCUCCACAGAAUAAUGUUGAGAGCAUUAUAGUACAGGAUAAUUACAAAAAUGAUAAGAUAAAAAAAUUUAUCCAAUCCCACCGCAAGGAAGUCAUUUUUAAUGGUGGAAAAUCCAAAAGUUUUAUACGGAGUUAUGACGAAGGUGCUUCUUCCAGUAAUGCGCACUUUCUACCUAACAGUUCUAAAGAUUCGAAUAUUUUAACGACCAAGUCAAUAUGGAGCAGUAUACCGUCGGAGAACAUUAACAAUCCGUGUUCUGUACUUGCAAACUCAUCUGAUUUAACAUACUCAGAACACGGGAUGGAAAAUAAAACCACGCUGGUAGCCAAGUUGAAUGACUUUUGGAAGUUAAACAAAGAAAAAAACGAUAGCGAAUGUAAUAGAACCCAUGUGCAAGUAACCAAACUUCCAGAUGAUCGUUCACUGGAACUGAAAGAAUCAUCGUCAUCCAUGCCUAACAUAUUCCGUAGAAAAUUCUACCGUGCUUCUGAGCUCACCGCAUCACAUGCUACAGAGAAGGUAAGUUUAUGUUUUAAACAAAAUAUUAUUAAGCUACCAAAUUCGAUAAAAUUUGAGAUAAGAUCUCAGUGAAUGAUGUAUAGUAUAUACAAUUAUUCCCAAUUUUUUUGUCCCUUGCUGAACGUUUAAGCAACUACUUUGUACAGACGUAAUAUGUGUAGAUUUUGCUGAAUGAUCAUAUAAUAUUGGCAUUUUAAAAAAUCAAAAGUUCAAAAUUCUAAGCGGUUCAUAUAAAAAUUGCGAAAAAAUGCGGAAUAAAGUGAAUAUAUAUAUAAAAAUACUAAUUUUACUAUUUCUAUUUUUAUAUCGGUUUAUUGGUUUAGCAGAGUACACAUUUAUAUAUUAUGACAAAAAUACAUGAUGACUUAUCUUAACAAAGUUCCUAUUCACAUAUUUAAAGAUUUCAGAAGACAUGGUAUGAUCUUUUUUUGAUAUUUUUACAUUUUCGUUAUUUUAUUUUUUAAUUUAUAUUUGGUAGGUACUAUCCCUAUAGAAGUGUUUUAUCAAAUAUAAAUUCCUUUAAAUCCUAAAUUAAUCUGUUUUAAUUUUUUUUUUUAAUAGGAUAAAUCUGGUGGGAUGGCGGAUCCAAUGAGAACAAGUGCUUUAUCCUUAAAUUCCGAUGUCAUGAAAGGAAUGCCCCAAUCAUUAGAUCUUUGGACCACCAGAUACCGUUUUAUUCCCAGAAGUCCGUCUAAUUCGUCUUCUUCUUCGUCCAAAACAUUGUUAACUACGGUCGGUUCAUCUAGCCAAUCUGUGUCGGGAAGUUCCGACCCUGAUUCGUUAAAAGAUGAACGUAGAACAGGGUUCACAUCAACGGAUAAUCCAAGAUCUCCACAGAAUAAUGUUGAGAGCAUUAUAGUACAGGAUAAUUACAAAAAUGAUAAGAUAAAAAAAUUUAUCCGAUCCCACCGCAAGGAAGUCGUUUUUAAUGGUGGAAAAUCCAAAGAUUUUAUACGGAGAUAUGACGAUCGUGUUUCUUCGAGUGAAGCGGUUGUUGUACCCGAAAAUUCUAAAAACAUGAAGAUUUCAUCGACCAAUUCAAUAUGGUACACUGAACCGUCGGGGAACAUUAGCAAUCCGUGUUCUGUACUUGCAAACUCUUCUAAUUUAACAUACUCUAAUCACGCAGUGGAAAAUAAUAUCACCUCGGUUAUCUCUUCGGUCGACGUUUGGAACGUAACCAAAGAAAAAAACGCUAGCGAUUAUUAUAGGACCCAUGAGCAUCGUACCAAUCCUUCAUAUGAACGUUCACUAGCACUGAAAGAAUCUUUGUCAUCUAUGCCUAACUUAUUCCGUAGAAAAUUCUACCGUCCAUCUGAGCCCUCUGCACGACAUGCUACAGAGAUGGUAAGUUUGUGUUUUGAACUAAAUCAUAUUAAGCUACCAAAUUCGAUAUUAUUUCAGUAAGGAGCUUUGAUAGGGAUUUAUUGUAUUUACAAUAUUACCCUAUUUUGUUAAAAACUAAAUAAUCAUUGAUUAAGUUUUUAGAUUUACUAUAACACUGUAGGAUACCCUGUAUCAUGGGUGAGAAAUAUGUUUAUUAUUUUCUCUAAUAAACUCUGAUCGAAUGAGUAUUACUAAUUUUAUGUAUGUUAUAAUGAUUAUUUUUAAAAAAACUAUUGUUAUCGUCACAUGCGUACCUUUUCAACUUUCAAGUAGUAUUAUUGCAUAAUUUUUUUUUUGUAGGUACUGUGUUUAUAUAAUUGAUUAUCCAAAUAGAAAUACCUGGAAAUCUUAAAUUUAUCUUCUUUUUUGUUUAUAGGAAGUAUCUGUUGGAAUGACAGAUCCAGCAAGGACAUGUAUUUCAUCUCAAAAUUGUAAUGCUAUUGAAGAAUUAUCCCAAUCAUUAAAUCACUUAUAG